GUGCGUGUACAUGUGUGUGUACGUGUGUAUGUGUGUGUGUCACCUCUUUUCUCUGACAUUCCUCUGCAGAGCAGAGACACGGAGCGCUCGGCUGCAGACCCAUUCACAUUUCCCCUCCUGCACGUUAUUUGACACAGACCUCUUUCCUGAUUCGGGAAUUCUAGUUUUUGCUUUUUUUUAAAUCUGCUGGGAAACUUUUACAACUUUGGCAGGAGAUUUCUAGAAAAGCAUCAUCUUGUAUCCAACUGCAGUUCCCUGCAGUCUUUCUUCUCUCCAUCUCUCUUUCUCUCUGGAGGCAGAUUGCAAGUUUGUAGAAGUCCAGAGUUUGGGAAAACCUUUGUGCUCCAGCACAGCAGUUCCAGAGUGAAGGAACCAGCACUUAAAGGGAUCCUGGCUCCGGUAAAGAUGGCUGACGAGCUGCAGCCGGAUCCCAGUAACCUGCAGAUACCGGGUGAGAAUGUGUCCACCCCUCCGUCUUCUCCUGCCACGGCCAGAAACGACUGCAGCAUCAUGCCCCUCACACCUUCUCCCUCCCCGAGGGUGGAGGUCAGGCCCAGGAUGCAGUGUCCGUUCUCGGUUGUCGUGGCGAUAGACUUUGGGACGACCUCCAGCGGCUACGCUUUCAGCUUCACACAAGACUCUGAGGCCAUACACAUGAUGAAGCGGUGGGAGGGCGGCGACCCCGGAGUCGCCAACCAGAAGAGCCCCACCUGUCUUCUGCUGACUCCGGAGCUGCGGUUCCACAGCUUUGGCUUCGCAGCGAGGGAUUUCUACCACGAUCUAGAUCCAGAGGAGGCCCGGCACUGGCUCUACUUUGACAAAUUCAAGAUGAAGAUCCACAGCACGAGCGACCUCAGCAUGGAGACGGAGCUGGAGGCAGUCAAUGGUCGGAGGGUCAGGGCCAUCGAGGUGUUUGCACAUGCCCUUCGCUUCUUCAGAGAACAUGCUUUAAAGGAGGUGAAGGACCAGUCAUCGUCAGUACUGGAGGGAGAGGAGAUCAGAUGGGUGAUUACCGUCCCGGCUGUAUGGAGACAACCUGCCAAACAGUUUAUGAGAGAGGCUUCCUACCUGGCCGGACUGGUGUCCCCAGACUGCCCCGAGCAGCUGCUCAUCGCUCUGGAGCCAGAAGCAGCAUCUAUUUACUGCCGCAAGCUCCGCCUCCACCAGGUGAUUGACCUGAGCAUGCAGCCAAUCACAAACGGCCUGGAUCUGGCCGGGUCCCGUCCCUUCGACUCCAGCUUCAGACAAGCGAGGGAGCAGCUGAGACGAUCCAGACACAGCAGGACCUUCCUGGUUGAGAGUGGCACUGGAGAGUUGUGGUCAGAGCUGCAGACCGGUGACAAGUAUGUUGUUGCCGACUGCGGUGGGGGAACCGUCGACCUGACGGUGCAUCAGAUCGAGCAGCCACAGGGAACACUGAAGGAGCUCUACAAGGCGUCAGGCGGCCCCUACGGCGCCGUCGGCGUAGACCUGGCCUUCGAGGCCAUGCUGUGCCAGAUCUUUGGCGAGGACUUCAUCCAGAGCUUCAAAGCCAAGCGGCCCGCGGCCUGGGUGGACCUCACCAUCGCGUUCGAGGCCAGGAAACGGACCGCGUCGCCGGGCAGAGCCAACGCCCUCAACAUCUCCCUGCCUUUCUCUUUCAUCGACUUCUACAAGAGACACAGGGGGCAGAGCGUGGAGGCCGCCCUGAGGAGGAGCAAUAUGAACAUAGUGAAGUGGUCCUCCCAGGGGAUGCUGCGGCUGACGCAGGAGGCCAUGAACGAGCUCUUCCAGCCAACCAUCAUCAACAUAGUCAAACACAUCGAGGAGUUGAUGGUGAAGCCGGAGGUGCACGGUGUUCGCUUCCUCUUCUUGGUUGGGGGGUUCGCCGAGUCCCCCAUGCUGCAGAAAGCGGUGCAGAAAGCCCUGGGGAGGACGUGCCGCAUCAUCAUUCCCCACGACGUGGGUCUGACCAUCCUGAAGGGCGCCGUGCUCUUCGGACUGGAUCCCACCGUGGUCCGAGUGCGACGGUGCCCUUUGACCUACGGCGUUGGCGUCCUGAACCGCUUCGUGGCGGGACGGCAUCCUCGGGAUAAACUCCUCAUCAAAGAUGGACGCGAGUGGUGCACGGACAUCCUGGACCGCUUCGUGUCCGUGGACCAGUCGGUGGCCCUGGGGGAGGUGGUGAGACGGAGCUACACGCCCGCCCGGGUGGGCCAGCGGAAGAUCAUCAUCAACAUCUACUGCAGCGCCACGGACGACGUCACGUACAUCUCCGAUGCCGGCGUCAGGAAGUGCGGGACCAUAACGUUGGACCUACCGGAGCCGUUACCGGCCCCGGGAGCCGUGGGCGGGGCGGCAGCAGGGGCCGGGGGGGCCGGCCCCGAGAGGAGGGAGAUCAGAGCUACCAUGCAGUUUGGAGACACGGAGAUUAAAGUCACCGCCGUUGACGUCAUGUCUAACCGCUCCGUCCGAGCCUCCAUAGACUUCCUCUCCAACUGAGGAGGAGCAGGAAGGGCAGACGCAGACUUGGAAACACACACAACUGAUUCAGAGACUGAUAAUUUUCACACAAAAAAAAGGUUUUUACCUUGGGAGUGGACUACACUGCAUUCAUCAUUCAGACAUUAGUGCCUCACGUUUAAUCAGUGCAGCAGAAAAGGUCACGACCCCUCGGAGGAUCUCCUCGGUGGAAGGGCAGAGCUCUCCCCGCUCCCAAAACAGGAAGUGAUGUUUUGCAUCAAGUCCGAAGUUACUCAAGUCACUCUGUUGAGCUUUCAGCAGCAUUUCCUGCGCAGAAACUCUUUAAGGAAACAGAAACACUGAUGCAGGCUGCAGCUGCCACCAACAAAUCCUUCACAGAUUUCGUCCUUGCACGUGUGAACUGUUACGGUAACAGUUUUACAUAAAAAGACUACCUUACACAGUAUAUAGAGUGAAACUCACUAAUGCUCAUUGUUAAAUUCAGAAACUUUUGCCAACAAUAAUCACUAAUACCUCGUUUAAAUCCCGUUUUUCCAUCCACGUGCAGUGCCAGUUUCUCUGCCAUGGUAGCCCGCCACCUGGUGGCGAAAAGACUGAACUACAAGACAAUCAAAACAGUCUGUGGUGGAAGUGAUUGUGGUAUUUUAACAGUUUAAUAUGUUAAAGUCACUGUGUAACCUUUGUGUUUAUCUUCAUUGGGGAUUUUUGUUUUGUAUAAUGUUAAUAUUGAAUCUUUAUUAUUUGAUACAGCAGCUUCCUCCUUACACAAAUAUCAGUACUUGUUUGUAAAUGCACCGGUAGCCACCUGAUUUAAAUUUAGUGGGGGUUUUUUGUUUGUCUCAUUCAGCUUCCAAGGGGAUCUAUUUGGGUCUCUACCUGUUAAGGUACUCCAAUGUUAACAGCUCAAAGCUUCACCAAAAUAAAAAAGGGAAUUAAGCAAAAUACUGUCAUCUGAACCCUGAUUUACAUGAACUCUUCUUACAGUAAAUAAAAGAUGAGAUGUUAAGUCCUGUGUCCUUCACAUACCAGCAGGAAGUUCAGACACUUUUCCCACAUGAAAGAGCUCGUGCCAGGCUGGUCUUGUGGGAAUACUGCCAACAACUUUUAGGAAAUUUCUCUCAAGACUUCUGCCAUGUCACAUUUCAAGGAUUAUUCAAAGAAAAUCAGUAUAAAAGUUAAAAAUCAUGACUUCUACAGUCGGUACAGUAACUCAAUUUCUUAAACAGAUUUCUGUGAAUGUGAAAACUAAAGCUGUCUCAGGUAAAAUCCAUCCCUCCUAUAGAAAACACAUGACGAGGUCUGAGGUAAACAUGUCACAUGAGUCGGGAGCCUCCCAGAUAGUUCAGCUGCUCUUUCCUCCAUUUUAACUUGAGGUCUACAUGUUAAAUCAGGGCCUUGUUUCAUUUGAACACAUCUCUUGGGAGCUUUCUGACUUGAGUUUUUAUAAAGGGUAGGAAAAAACCCCCAUCUGUGAGCACAUUUUCUAACAUGCUUAAGUUGCAUUUCCUUCACAGUCCAGACAAUUAAAAACACCGUCAAGAACAACGAUCAGUGUGAUUUCAGCUGUGACUUUAUUUAUAAGAACGGUCCAAUAAAUACACAAUAGUGAGACAGCGGUACCAGCAGAUGGUUGGGGUUUAUCAGUGCUUUAUUUUCCACACUUAACAAGAGUUGAAGUAACUGAGCCACACCGUCAGGUCAGAGACAGCCGUCUGAAGUCAACGGCAGAACGUAACGUCGCUCGCUCAGACCUCACGAGCGUCUCUCUGAGGUGGCGGAGAGACGCAGUGCUUGAAAUGUUAAAACAGAAGUCGGCCGGUGAAAGCUUCAGUAAGGAAGAACUACAGGCAAGGAAACUGAAAAUACAAAAAAAAAGUCCACGGAAUCUGGCUUCAAUUUGUUUAUGAACUGCUCCCCUUGUGUAACAAUCUACACCUGCCAUGAUCCAGGAUCCACGUACAAGACGGACAAUUUAAAUCCAAAUGCAGAUAUUCAAACAAAGCUAAAUGCAGCAUUUGGAUUUAAAGGCCACUCCCUGCUCCGUUAGUGAGCGUGGGGUCUCCCGCGGCCUCGGCCCCGGCCGCCGCCCGGAGGCCCGUCCAUGCUGCUGCGGGGAUUCUUGAUGGUCUCGUCCACCGACAGGAUGAGACAGGCCGCCUCCGACGCCGCCGUCAGAGCGUUGAUGCGCACGAUGGACGGCUCCCAGACGCAGGCCUUGAAGUUGUCUGCGAUGUCCUCGUUGUUGAUGUCGACACCGUACCACAUGCCGCCCUGCGUUGGAAGAGGUGAUGUGCAUGAAGAUCAAAACCCACUUUGAGGGGAUCAAGACUGCGUGGAAUCUGGACUUUUUAAUCUUCUACCUGUGCGUGUUUUGCACGCAGUUUGUUGAGGAUGUUGGUGGCGUCGAAGCCGGCGUUGUCGCACAGCUGCCUGGGGAUGAUCUCCAGGGCCUUGGCGUACGCUCCGAUCAGCAGCUGCUGCUUCCCAGGGAUGGUCCGGGAGUAAUCCCUCAGGUACUUGGACAGCUCCAUCUCUAUGGCUCCGCCGCCUGCUACGAUGGAGUCGUUCUGCAAAACAGACCAUAAAAUGUCUUUACUGCAGGCACAACAACUUACUUUGAAUAUGUGAUAACGUACAAACAGUUCAAGAAAACAUUUUCUGCUGUUGGAGCAAGACCCCACAAUUACAGAACUUUUAACUUUUAAUAAAUGUUUAAAGUUCUGUAAUAGAUCACAGGAAAAAUCUUGGGGCCAGUUUCGUUUUUAAGUUGUGAAGGAUGAACCUUUGUCACACAUCUCGUCCCCAAGUUAGAGAACUGCUGGAUUUAAGUUCAAGUUCAUUUAUAAAGCCCUUUAAAAACAACAACAGCUGACCAAGUGCUGAACAAGCGAAAGGAAAAAAAAAAAAAAAAACCAGAACAACGUAAAACAUAAAACACAUAGAUAAAAUAAUCAUGGUGAGUUAAAUGCUAGUGAAUAAAAAUUUGUUUUAAGAUGAGAUUUAAAAAAACAGCCAUAGAAGGAGCCAGGCGUAUGUGCAGCAGCAGCUCGGUCCAGAACCAGGACCGGUUCUGCAAAGGCCGGGUCCCCCCCGGCUCUUUAGCCUGGAAGGCAGAGUUGGUCAGCUGACCAGUUUCUUUGUUAGGUUUAAAACAAAGACACAAAUCCAUCAGAAAGGAAAUGUAACUACUGGGACCCGCGGAGCUCAGAAACGCA